AUGAGUAAAUUGGACUCUGAGGAAUAUCAAAUUUCGAUUGAAGAAGAAAUUAUAGACCCAAAGGAUCAUCGAAUCUCAAUUGAUGAUAAAAAUUUACCGAACAUCAGAAAAAUUGGAAAUUCAAUUGAUCACAAAAAGUUUCUACACGAUGGAAGAAAGGUGGAUAUUCUUGACUGGUCACCAAACAUGGAGUAUGUUGUAUCUGCGUGUUUUGAAGAUAGUUCAGUUUACAUGUGGAAAUUCAUAAAAGGAGAAAGAGAAGAGCCCGGCUUAGAUAAAGGAGAUCCCAAAUCAGGCAAAGGAGAACCCGAAAUAAAAUUGGAUAAAAUAUUUGACCUUGAAGACAUAUAUAUUUUAUCGACUCCAGUACGGGUUUCGGAUUUCAAAAGCAUUUUAAUAGGUCAUCGUACCAAAACUUCGUUCUGCCUCGAAAUCAGAGAUUAUACAAACAAGUCAAUAAUGAUAUUAGAUGCUCAAGAUUUACAAGGAAAAAUUGAAUUAUCUGGUUUUCUUAAAAAUGGAGAAUUGGUGGUCGUUCAAGGAUAUCCGGAUAGAUUGUUGAUUCUCACGGAUGUACCUUUUGUAAUCAUGCAAUGGGAUCUGGUAGAACGAAAUUACGAACAUCAAUACGAAUUAGAUUGGAAUUUGUCCGGGUUUUGGGAUUCUAUAUGGAUGGAGCUAAACAGUGACUGCACAUUCUUAGCAGUGGCUGGAGUUUUGAGUCGGGAAAAAAAACUCAAAGUUUAUUUUUAUUCAAAAAUACUUAAUGCAUUGAUUACAGAACAAUCGUUUAAUGAAACUUACAUCAGAACCAUGGGUUUCAUUAAAUUAAAGAAAGAUGAGUUCUUUUUAAUUUCUUUGGGACAGAAAGGCACGUCUUAUUGUAUUGGUCUACAUGAUCUUUCAAAUUUUAAAAAUCGAAUCGAGUCGGUAAUCUUCGAAUGGCAUAUGGCCGCCGUAGGAGAGUUGGGUUCACCGAGUGAAAAUGAUUUUUUGAUACCAGGUCAUGUGAUACGAUUUAGUAAAGAUCGAUUUCGUGAGGAUCGUUUUAAAAUCGACAGUUUAUCUCGGAAAUUUGACUUUGAAAAAUUCUCUUUACAAUUUUAUCUAGAAGAGAUAAGAGCCACAAUAGAUAGUUAUUUUACAGAAUAUAAGAAUAUGGACCAAACAAAAAAUACUUUGGAAAUGGAUGAACACAAAGCAUAUCCUGGCCAUCUGUAUACCUGGAUUGUUGAGUACUCGAAGAGGGCCGGUAUGUUGGUGGCUAGAUUAACAGCUAGAUAUAAUAAGACGGAUGAAGUUAUCGGGAUAGCAGAUGUAAACUUACAUGCGAUUAAAGCAGAUGAAAUUUGUAUAGAAUUUAAAUUACAUGCAAACAAUGAUCUCAUGUUGAUUUCCUCCUCUACUAUACAAAGAUGGAGAGCAACUGGUAUCCACCGUAUUGAUCUGAUUAAUUGUUGGUCUCAUCUUGAUGCGUAUUUCGCAUCGAAAACGGCGCAACAAGCUAUGAUUGAGCAACUUGGUUUACUAAAGGAUAAAUUAGAUUCUCUAGCUUCUAACACGAAAAAAUUUGACAGAUAUUACGAAGUAUCCGUUGAUGAACUCACAGAAUAUGUCAAGAAGUUGGAAAAUGUGGUGCCUGAAGAAACAUUAUGGUCUAAUGCUAUUAAAGAAAUUGUCGGAUAUAAAAUAAAGGUUGACGAAAGGAUCAAUGAAUUGGAUAAAAAAUUUGAUGGAAAAUUUACUGAGAAAUAA